UGGCCCCACCCCUCCCUGUGAGGGCAAGUGAGCACUGGAACAGGUUGCCCAGAGAGGCUGUGGAAUCUCCAUCCUUGGAGAUACUGAAAAGUCAUCUGGAGGUGGUCCUGGGCAGCCUGCUCUAGGUGACUGUCUGAACAGGGAUUUGGACAAGGUGACCUCCAGAGGUCCCUAUCAACCUCAACCAUUCUGUGAUUCUGUAAAUUGAAGUUUCGUAACUGCCUAGUAAACUCUUUAAUGCUCAUACCAAGCCUACAGUGAUGUAGAUGAGUUUAGUUCAGGUGUAAAAAUGGUAUUCUGACCAAACUUCUUAAGCACUUGGAGCUCCUGUUGACUACAUCAGGCAUUUUGCUUUAUUAUCUACUGGAGAGGUUGGUCCUUCAUUCUUAGUGGCUGUGUCAGCCCAUGCGGACUAUGUACGUACUAUGCAUGUACGUAGUAUCAUACCAUACCGAUAGUGCAUUGGGUUAUUUUAUCUAGUGUAGAAGAUUCUGUUAUUUUAAAACUCUUUAAGACCUUGUUUUAGACCAAAAGUGUUUAAAAUGCAAAUUUGUAUCUGAUUCCUCUGCUGGAUGACAAUUUCACGUUUAACCAACAUUUAUAUGCAUAGGAAUGGCAGAACUGUGAGCAUCUCUCUGGUAUCUGUUUGAAGAGGACACUGUUGGGGGGCCCAGGUAUUUCUUUUAUAUUUUAUAGUUAUAGAGGUGUCCGGACUCUGUAAUGGUCAAAGAUUUCCGGUAGAAGAGGAUGAGACAAGAAUUAAAUGCAUGUGGGAGACUCUGGACCUAGGCACUUCAUGCUUUUGAUGCUAGCUGGGAGGGAGCUUGAUAAACACUUUUACCAACUUUUCAUAGAAAAAACAGAUUUGUGGGUCUGUACUUCCAAACAGAGUUUGUACAGAGAGAAAAUUCUGAAUAUGGCUUGAUUUGCUCUUGAUCUUGGCAGUGUUUCUAAUGAGUGUCCCAUGGACUCUAUCAAGUUCAGGGGGUUCUACUCUAGCCCUGAGGAGCAGAACCCUGAGCAGCAACCUGGUAUCAGUAAAAACACUUCUUCAUCAUUCCCUUUGAAAGAGCAACAGAAAAUGAGUGAUUAUUCUGGACUUGCAAAUAACCAUAGCCAGAUGAUUGCUGAAGAUUCAGAAAUUCAGACAAAGCCUGAACACUCUCAUGAAGUUCUUCAGGAAGAUAUUGAAAUGAGCAGUGGAUCCAGUGGAAAUGACUUCAGUGGAAAUGACACAAAUGAAAACUACUCAAGUGGGCAUGAUUCUCAUGGCCAUGAAUCUGAUGAAAAUGGGAAAGAUUCAGCAAUGCUCAUGGAAUCGUCAGACUGUCAUAAAAGUUCAAGCUCAAAUGCAUUUAGUCUGAUGAUUGCAAACUCUGAACACAAUCAGUCUAGCAGUGGAUGCAGUAGUGAGCAGUCCACUAAAGCCAAAACACAAAAGGAAUUGCUGAAAACAUUACAAGAGCUGAAAGCUCACAUUCCUUCUGAAAAGAGAAUUAAAGGCAAAUCUAGUGUCCUAACGACGUUGAAAUAUGCCCUUAAAAGCAUUAAACAAGUUAAAGCCAAUGAGGAGUAUUACCAAUUGUUGAUGAUUAAUGAAUCCCAGCCUGCUGGACUCAAUGUGUCAUCUUACACAGUGGAAGAAGUUGAGACUAUAACCUCAGAAUACAUCAUGAAAAAUGCAGAUAUGUUUGCUGUAGCUGUUUCUUUGAUUACCGGGAAAAUUUUGUACAUCUCUGAUCAAGCUGCUUCUAUUCUCCGCUGUAAGAGGGGUUAUUUUAAAAAUGCCAAAUUUGUGGAGUUCUUGGCACCUCAGGACGUCAGUGUGUUCUACACUUCUACUACCCCAUACAGAUUACCAUCAUGGAAUAUUUGCAACAGAGCUGAGUCUUCCACCCAAGAUUGCAUGGAAGAGAAAUCUUUUUUCUGUCGCAUCAGUGCAGGAAAGGAGCGUGAAAAUGAGAUUUGCUAUCACCCAUUUCGGAUGACUCCUUACCUUAUCAAAGUGCAAGAUCCGGAAAUAGCGGAGGACCAGCUUUGCUGUGUGUUGCUUGCAGAAAAAGUACAUUCUGGUUAUGAAGCACCCAGAAUUCCUCCUGACAAAAGAAUUUUUACAACUACACACACACCAACCUGUUUGUUCCAGGAUGUAGAUGAAAGAGCAGUACCUCUGUUGGGAUACCUACCUCAGGACUUAAUAGGAACACCAGUCUUGGUGCAUCUUCACCCAAAUGACAGACCCUUAAUGUUAGCAAUUCACAAAAAAAUACUUCAGUAUGGAGGACAGCCUUUUGACUAUUCACCAAUCAGGUUUUGCACUAGAAAUGGAGAUUAUAUAACCAUGGACACUAGCUGGUCCAGUUUCAUCAACCCUUGGAGUCGAAAAGUUUCAUUUAUUAUUGGAAGACACAAAGUUAGGACGGGUCCCUUAAAUGAAGAUGUCUUCGCUGCUCCCAACUAUACAGAGGAUAGAAUUCUUCAUCCCAGUGUUCAGGAAAUCACUGAGCAAAUAUAUCGAUUAUUAUUGCAGCCUGUGCACAACAGUGGAUCCAGUGGAUAUGGAAGUCUAGGUAGCAAUGGUUCCCAUGAGCACUUAAUGAGUGUGGCAUCCUCCAGUGACAGCACAGGAAAUAAUAAUGAAGACACUCAUAAGGAUAAGCCAGAGGUUUGUCAAGAUGCCUGUAAAGUAAAAAAUAAAGGACAACGUAUUUUCACUGACAAUAAAGCAAAACUGGAAUAUAAGAGAGAACCUUUUGCAGAAAAACAAAAUGGUCCUGGUGGUCAGGUGAAAGAUGUAGUGGGAAAGGAUACUGCAGUAACAGCUGCUCCUAAAAAUGUGACUACUGAAGAGUUGGCUUGGAAAGAACAACCUGUAUAUUCUUAUCAACAGAUCAGCUGUUUAGACAGUGUCAUCAGGUACUUGGAGAGUUGUAAUGUGCCUGGUACAGCAAAAAGAAAAUGUGAACCUUCAUCAAGUGUUGCAUCACUGAAUUCUGGAGUUCAUGAACAAAAACCAGCUGAUAAUGCUCUACAGCCCUUGGGAGAUCCUGCUGUGUUGAAGGCAUCUGGUAAAUCAAAUGGUCCCCCAGUGGUUGGUGCUCACUUAACAUCUUUGGCUUUACCUGGCAAGCCUGAAAGUGUUGUCUCUCUCACUAGUCAGUGCAGCUACAGUAGUACCAUUGUUCAUGUUGGAGACAAAAAACCACAACCUGAAUUAGAAAUGAUAGAAGAUGGUCCAAGUGGAGCAGAACUCUUAGAUGGCCAACUUCUUGCCCCUCCAUCUAGCUCUGCGCAUGUAAAUCAAGAAAAGGAGCCGUUUAAAAAACUGGGACUUACAAAGGAAGUCCUUGCAGUGCAUACGCAAAAAGAGGAGCAGAGCUUUUUGAAUAAGUUUAAAGAAAUCAAGAGAUUUAAUAUUUUUCAGUCCCACUGCAAUUACUACUUACAAGAUAAACCAAAAGGACGGCCUGGUGAACGUGGUGGCCGUGCACAAAGAAAUGGCACUUCUGGAAUGGAUCAGCCUUGGAAGAAAAGUGGAAAGAACAGGAAAUCAAAGCGCGUUAAACCACAGGAGUCUUCGGACAGUACAACUUCUGGAACUAAAUUCCCCCAUCGGUUCCCUCUUCAAGGUUUAAAUACUACUGCUUGGUCGCCAUCAGACACUUCACAAACGAGCUAUUCAGCAAUGUCUUUUCCCACGGUUAUGCCUGCAUAUCCACUUCCUGUUUUUCCAGCAGCAGGGAGUGUGCCACCAGCUCCUGAGACUUCACUCUCUGGUUUUAAUCAGUUGCCAGACUCUGGAAAUACUUGCCCUGUGCAACCAUCCCAGUUCUCUGCACCCCUCAUGACACCUGUCGUAGCUCUUGUGCUCCCCAACUAUGUCUACCCAGAGAUGAACAAUAACUUACCUCAAACGCUGUACCACAGCCAACCCAACUUCCCUGCCCAUUCCACUUUCUCUUCACAGACAGUAUUUCCGACACAGCCGCCAUUCACUACACCCAGCCCUUUCCCACAACAGGCGUUUUUUCCAGCACAGCCAUUCCAUUAUAAUCCACCAGCAGAGAGUGAAAAGGUUCCUGUCACAGAGCCACGAAAUGAGCCAUCCCGUUCCUGCACUCCGCAGUCAGUGGGUCCUCAAGACCAGGCUUCACCACCUCUAUUCCAGUCGAGGUGCAGUUCUCCUCUGAAUCUUCUCCAGUUAGAAGAAACCACAAAAACUGCUGAAAGUGGAGCUCCUGCGGGUUUACGUGGAGCUUUAAGUGAGGAAGGAGCCAUAGGCAAAAUCAUGACAACCGAUUGCUGUAAUGGAAAGGGAUCCUUACCAGUUGAAUCUCCAAUGGAUGCUCAAAAUAGUGAUGCACUCUCCAUGUCCAGUGUCCUGCUUGAUAUUUUACUUCAAGAAGAUGCAUGUUCAGGCACUGGUUCAGCUUCUUCGGGGAGUGGUGUAUCUGCAGCCGCUGAGUCUCUGGGGUCUGGAUCCAAUGGCUGUGGCAUGUCAGGCAGCAGAACAGGUAACACUGGCAGUAGUAGUGAAACUAGUCAUACCAGCAAAUACUUCGGGAGUAUUGAUUCCUCAGAAAAUCAUCAUAAAACCAAAAUGAAGGCAGAAAUGGAAGAAAGUGAGCACUUCAUUAAAUAUGUCCUUCAGGAUCCUAUAUGGCUUUUGAUGGCAAACACAGAUGACACUGUUAUGAUGACUUACCAGAUACCUUCACGAGAUUUGGAAACAGUUUUAAAAGAAGAUAAGCAGAAAUUAAAGCAAAUGCAGAAACUACAGCCAAAAUUUACAGAAGAACAAAAAAGAGAGCUUAUUGAAGUUCAUCCAUGGAUCCAGCAAGGUGGACUGCCAAAAACUGUUGCUAAUUCUGAAUGUAUUUUUUGUGAGGACAAUAUACAAAGCAAUUUUUAUACAUCAUAUGAUGAAGAAAUCCAUGAAAUGGACCUUAAUGAAAUGAUUGAAGACAGUGGGGAAAACAACUUGGUUUCCCUGAGUCAGGUCAAUGAAGAACAAACAUAGCCUUUGAGCCUGUUUUCACAGCUGCUUCAAAACUACAGUGAUGAUCCAUAAAGGUUUUAAUCUUGUAUCCAGCAAGACGAAUCCAGUUCAUAAAAACAAAUGUGUUUUUCUUGCUUUAGAAGAGUCAUUUGUGAAUGAAUCUCUUUUUAAAUGGUGGCAAUCUCUUCCCAGUAAGGACAUUGUUGAAGAUGGUGUAGCUUUUCUUUAAAAAAGAAAGACUCCUAUUUUGCACUUUUACAUGCCUCAAGUAUUUAUAAACUAUAGAAAUGUUCAUUGAUGCCUACUGGUUUUUGUAGAGUGGGUUAAUGAGUACUGAAAAUCACCUUACGUACAGACAGUUCUUCAAGUCUCCUUUUGGUAAUGAUUCAGCGUUAUAAAUUGUUCUAGCAAUUUUGCUUAGUGGCUCUUUAGCAUUGUUCUUAUUAUUUGAAGUGGUCCAGCAUAGUAGAAGAAAUAACCUUCAAGCAAAUAAAUUCACACUUGCCCUUCUCAUACCAGCUGAUCCCAUCUUCUUUUUUUCCUAUAGUUUUGAAUGUAGGAACCUUUUUUCUCUAAGAAAUGUUGAACUGAUUUUGUUAGGUGGUCUUUGGUUAAAAUACUUAUGUGAAUGUGUAAGAAGGUAUAGAUGAGUGCUGACAACUUUGUAGCCUUUUAUUUAAAUGGACACUGCAAUACUAUGAACUGUUUACUACCUUGAAGCAUCAUUUAUGAGAAUUUAUACACAAGAAAUCUUCAUGCUUAAAGAUUUAAAAAACUAAGACCACGGAGGAUGACUGUGUAUGCUCCAGUGACUGUUAGACAAAGCUUGGUAUGACUUUAACCUUUAUUUCUGAUUUGUUCUGUCAGGAGGUUGGCCAUCAGUUUUUCCUGUGUGGCUAAACAAAUAUCAAACUUGUACGUGGCAAGAAAGGAUUAGACACUUCUUGUCAUUUGAAGAUCUUAUAAAAAAUAAUUGAUUUUGAGAAUAGUAUUGACUUUCACUAUAUUUGAAUUGCAUAGUCUAAAACUUAGCGUGGCUGGAAUCCUUUGCUGUCAAGGAUUUAAUUUCAAUGCCUCUGAGAUUGUAUUGACUUGAAUAUGUGUACUUUAUGUUCUUGUGCUGUUUAUACAUGUUGGAUGUGGGAAGAGAACACAAGAGCAACUUUAAUAUGUUGGUUAGUUAAAGGACAGUUGGUUAGUUGCAGUAUUGCUAGAUGUCAGUUGUAGGUCUUGGGGUGAAAAACGUAUGGAGAAAUUCAAUUAACUUUGAUAUGUUUGUCUUAAAAUAUUUUUCAUGGAAAGCAUUUUCUUUUUUAUUAGGAUAACAUUUCUAUUCACUGAAAUUUAAGGUUAUUUUAAUUCUAUAAAAAUAUUUCUCUUUGCCUAUAAAGAGGAUGUGAAGUUAGAUCUGACACCACCAAAACCAUGCAGAAGUGACUGGUAUUUGCUUAGUGGAAGAAAUAAUUUGUGUAAAGUAAUUAGUUAUUAAUUGGACAGUGUCAUGAGGAAAUUUGCAUUGGAGACAGGUUCUGCAGAUAGCAGAGUGUGUGAACUUGUGAAACAAGUAGAAUAACCGUUUAAAAAAUAAGUAUCUUGAACGUAGUGUGAAACACUACCCAGCAAGAUCUGAUUCCUGUCUUUAAUAGUUUAGCAUGGUCAAACUUAAAUAUAUGUAAAUAUAAACUGAAUGAGAGAUUUUAAAAUGUUGGUGUUCAAGUCAAAUGUAUUAAAUGUUUUAAUCAUAAAUGGAACAGUGCAGCUAUACCAACAUAUUAAAAAUAUUCCAUUUUUACAUGUAAACAGAAAUAAUUUUAAUUGGACCAGGGUUUGGGAAAAAUAAAGGCUUUAUAUAAAAGGAGUGCAUCAUAAUUAUACAAAUUAUUUUCAGGGACUCCUCAACCACUUUGAACUUCUUUGCUUUAGCAUGCUUUUUUUUCUGGUUUUGUUUUGUUGGUGUGUUUUUUUUUAAUUCUCAUUUCCUUUUUUUUUUUCCCCAGUGACCAUCUUGUAACCAUAACUUAGUGAAAGGAAGAGAAAAGUAUAUUUAGAGCAUUUUGUGGAUGUGCUUACUUAUGGACUUAAUCUUGCAUCCUUAAAGUGUUUGCAUUUACAGGGUGGUAUUAAAAUAUUUUCCUGUAACUUUAAAUCUACAUGCCUCCAUUUAUAGAUAAGAUUCUGAAGCUGUAAUUUUUCCAAACUGUUGUAAGAUGACUUAUUUGUGAUGACACUUUGUCAACAUGUCAACAAUGUUUUCUGUACACUGUGCAAUAUAUUUUGGUUUUGCCACUUGUGACUAAUUUUUAUGACUUUGCUUUUUAGAAAACUGGUAAAUAAAACAGAUAUAUUUUUA